AUGGGUGAUUGGUCAUUACUUGGCCGACUCCUAACUGAAGUUCAGAACCAUUCCACAGUGAUUGGGAAGAUCUGGUUGACAGUGUUGCUGAUUUUUCGUAUUCUGCUGGUCACAUUAGUUGGUGAUGCAGUAUACAGUGAUGAACAGUCCAAAUUCACAUGCAAUACCCUCCAACCAGGAUGUAAUAAUGUUUGCUACAACACAUUUGCUCCUAUUUCUCACCUAAGAUUCUGGGUUUUCCAGAUUGUUCUGGUUUCAACCCCAUCCAUUUUCUACAUAGUGUAUGUUCUACACAAAAUAGCAAAAGAUGAAGAAUAUGAAAUGAAAAAAACACAUAAGAUGGACUUACCAAACAAUUCUGUAUCUCAUGGAAUCCUUCCAGAAGAUGAAAUCUUGGCUCAAAGAUCUGAUGUCAUCAACUCAGAGGGAACUAAAAUUGAUCUAAGAUAUGGAGAAUAUGAAGUUGAGGGUCUGAAGAUUAAAAGAAAUGGGGACCCUAUCUAUCUUUCAAACAAGGUUUUAUCCGUAUAUGUCAUGCAUGUACUGCUGAGAGCUGUUAUGGAGAUAAUAUUUUUAUUGGGACAGUACUAUUUGUAUGGAUUUAAUGUUCCUUGUUUGUUUGUCUGUUGGACCUAUCCUUGUCCAACCAAAACAGAUUGUUUUGUAUCCAGAGCAACAGAAAAGACCAUUUUUUUGAACUUCAUGUUUUGUGUCAGUCUUGCAUGCUUUUUGCUGAACAUUGUUGAGCUCCAUUAUCUGGGCUGGGUCUACACUGCACGGGUUUUGUGCACUACUUGCUCACCUUGCUGCAAGAAGAAACAAAGAAAAGCAAUGGAUCAGUAUUCACAGCAAAACCCUCUUCUCUUAGCACUAAAAAAUUCAUUUUAUGACAAUUUGAUAUUGAAGUCAUCUGUAGAAUUAUUGCAGCACAGACCAGCCUACCUCUCACAUCAGGCACCAAUUUCAAUUGAAUCCGAAUCAUUAGAAAGUGUAAGAAGGAACUUUGAUGAAAAGGAACAUGUCAAGUUGCAGCAAGGGAAUCUAAGCAAAUCUGGAAAAAGCAAGAAAGUUUGGCUUUAA